CCACCAUCUCUCGAAUAUAUAACAUUCGCACACACCACAUCUUCCAAACCAAAUCCCAAUUGCAUAUCUGCAACUCACCCUUGACCAUCCAAUCCUAAACACAAAACCUAAUCACCACCACAAUGCCCCGCAACGGCGACGGAUCCAGCGACAACGGCCCCAUCGAGGGCCAGAACAUCGUCCACGGCGCCGGCAAGCCCGAAGCGCAGCCCGCGCACGCCAAGAACAACGUCGCGCCCGCCCCGGAGCUCGAGAAGGGCGGUGCUAUCGAGGGCCUCGGCGCGAGUGGAGGCGGAAACAAAGCUGAUCAGGCGGAGCCUAGUGUUGCUGGGGAUAAGCCCAGGCAGUAAAUUGGAGGUUCAAGGGAGAGAAACGGAGGAUAAGGGGUGGUAUGCAAGGCAUACAGCAAUGUUGGUUUGUGGAACAUUGUGGGUUAUUGAAAGGAAACGAAAUGAAACGGACGAAAUGAAAUGAAAAGACAUGAAAAGAAAUGGAUCUGAAGCGAGGAGUGUGCUCUGCUGGCAUCCACUGUCUUAUGUCCCUCUGCAAGGUGAGGCAGCGAUUGCCUAAUGUAUAUCCCACGUCUCCGAGGCGUUGUGCUGCGCGGGACUCUGCAUCGACGUCGUCGUAUGCCUCUGUAUAAACUACAACGCACCUCGUACUCGCGCGGAGCAAG